AUGACUCCGUUUUCUGCUAUCAGCAUUUCUGCGGCAAAAACCUUAGAGGCUUUUGCUUAUCAGUACUGCAAAGCUCAUUCGACGACGCUUCAUUUACUUUCUGCGGGAGUAAUCAAAGGUCCCCAGAUUAUGAGUGGUGCAGAUGAUAUCUUCGGUACUUCAUAUCGCCUUACUUUGGGCAAUCCAAGAAGUGCAUUGCGAACAUCGGCAGCAACGGGUUCAACAUUUGGCUCCAAUUCUAAUAGUAUGAGCUCCCUGACGGCAAUGCAACCAUCUGCUUAUGAUCCGUACACUGGCAACGGUUCGUCGCCAUCGGCAAUGUCCUACGCAACAGGAACGAUCUCGCCAAUUCGCGAUCGCAGCAGAUCACCGGCACCUCACGUUCACUUUGCUGAUGCUAUAGAGACGACUUAUGGUGUUUCUUCGCUUUCUUCGAGACGCUCGAACUUCACCGAUCCUCCGAAGAUCCGGCAGCUUUUUAUGAGUAGCACAUUCGUUCAAGAUGUAGAGGACACAGAGUGGACUACGGCGAGCACUACUCCCAAAAUAGAGGCAUCACUGAAAGUCGGAGGUGUAGACUGGGUUUUCAAGGUACAGAAGAGAGCCAUCGAAGGAGCACCACAUGUUGGAUUUACGUUAGUAUGUGGAUCCAAGCUCAAAUCUGCGCUAUGGCGAAUUGCUGCGGAUGCCAAAAUAAUCAUAAAGAAAGACAAAGAAGACACGAAAUCUGUGGAUCGUAGCUAUCCCAACAAUGAAUUUACAUUCGCUUCCAAAACUCUUGCCGACAUGAUUCCAUGGGAUGAGAUAGACACAACACUGGCGUGUAGUAACAAAGCGGAUGCUAAGUCACCAGUGACGUUGAACUUCGAACUUCAAGUCGACAUAACGAAGAUUUAUGGUUUCAGGCGGCGAGCAAGAUACGAGUAUUCGUUUGAUGAGCCUUCUGUUGAGACAGAUAUGAUUCUUAUGAUAGAAAACAGGGAAAUCUACGUCAAUGGAACGUACCUCGCAAUGCUAUCGCCAUUUUUCCGCUCACUACAGAAGUCCAAAAAUGCGUCACUUUAUGGAGAGGUUGCAUCUGAGACCAUCAACGAUGUUAGUGCCGAUGAUUUUUUGGAACUGUUACAUGUGGUCUACCCCUCCGCCAAACCUGUAACAGUGGACAACGUUGAACUUUUAUUGAAGCUUGGAGAUCGUUAUAAUUUUGAGUGCGUACUUGUCAAAUGUGAAAACUUCCUUGUAACACCAAAGGCAGAUGAAAUUGAUGUCUUUACACGUCUGGAAUGGGCGAGCCAAUAUGCUAUGGCCGACUUACAGGAUCACUGCGUUUCAAAACUCACCAACGCUCAAGCUGUUGGCGCGGUGAAGAAGACUUUACUCUACGGAUCACUUUCACACGAAACAAGAAAGCUACUACUAGAGCUUAUGUUGAAAUUCAACAAUAUGUAGAUAAGACUUCUAAAAAACAGCUAGACAAAGACAUUGUUAUAACAGUUUUCAGAUUUUCAAAAGCGUGAAUUAUUUUGUUUGUAUAGGUGAGCCAUUGCGUGCAGAAAAAGAUCGUCCUUGCCUCAUUUUGUGCUAAUGCUCAAGCUUUGUUUAUUCAAAAUUUGAACCCGCUCAGUUGAAAAUUACAGUCGUAAGUGACGCACAUUUGGAGUGUUUCGUGCAGCUUUGGCACACCUUCUAGGCUGCUGCAUGACGACGGCGCAAUAACUUUGGGCGCGAACGCGGCUUUAUUAGCCGCAGAGCGCAUGAGGCGCAGGAUUUACAACAGUGAAGAUACGCGCGCGCAGCAUUCGCGCCCGCUCAACUAAUACGGCUUCUGCGCCUUCGUCAUACAGUAUAGCCUUUAGUCAAAUAGAUUAAUCGUAGUAAGACUGAACUUUCUGUACGCUAACACCGGAAGUUUGCAUAUCUCUCAUCGCGCAAACUGAAGUUGCCGCAAUGUGCAUACAGAAAUCUCAGUCGAUUUGCUUGACUUGAACCUUUUCAUUUUGCCUUCAUUUGCCCUUACCUUCAACCUUUUCAUUCCUUCAUGUAAUAGACGCCACGCGUUUAGAAGCUCACUGCCCUCUAUGUGAUAUAUGUGAUUUCAUAUUUUGCUCCAUCUGACGUUAGAAUUAGUGAUCUUUUUUUGUUUUAUGUAUUUAUUGUCGACUUGUGUAGCAGUAUUGAAUGAAAUAAAAGUUGGGCUUGUAUAA